AUGUAGGCAUGACCACUGCAGAAGAGGAAACACACAYUUGAAUCCAACAAGGCUCAGCUUGAAGAAAACAUUAGUUUUCAAUGCAGCUAUGAAUUAAGAAAAUACAAAAGAAAUUUGAAUGCUGCUUAAGAAGGGAAGGCCUGGGAAAAAGAAAUACUGAAGAAAAGCAGCCAGCAAAUUCAGCAUGACAGAACCAUACAUAGAAACAACACCUGAAUACGCUUACGAUGAACAUGCUUUCUCCUGCAAUAAAACCGACAUCCAAGAAUUUGGGAAAAUAUUUCUGCCACUGUUUUACGUCGUGGUGUUUGCUCUCGGCCUGACAGGGAAUCUAAUGGUGGUUUUUGCCAUUGUGAAAGGCAAUAAAAAAAGCAUCACUGACAUCUAUCUCCUGAACUUGGCCGUCUCUGACCUUCUCUUUGUGAUCUCCCUCCCAUUCUGGGCUUCCAACACAGUCCGUGGAUGGACCCUUGGGACUGUUGCAUGUACAGCUGUUUCCUCGCUGUAUUACAUUGGUUUUUUUGGGGGCAUGUUCUUUAUCACUGUUAUCAGUGUCGACAGGUACUUGGCCAUUGUCCGGGCAACUUACUCUCUGAAAUCCAGAACGGUGAGACAUGGAUUCUUUGUGACCUGCGGAGUGUGGGCCAUGGCAGUUUUGGUGUCAGUGCCGCAUUUUGUGUUCUCCCAGCUGGUGGAAAAUGACUGCAUUGCUGUCUUCCCACAGAAGCUGGAGAACAUCUGGCCGGUGUUCUGCAAUGUGGAGCUGAACACCAUCGGCUUUUUCAUCCCAGUCUGUAUCAUAUUCUAUUGCUACUGUGGGAUCAUCAAAACCCUCCUGUCCUGCAAAAAUCAGAAAAAAGCACGAGCCAUAAAACUGAUCUUGAUUGUGGUGSUGGUGUUUUUUCUGUUUUGGUCCCCCUACAACGUACUGAUUUUUCUAGAUACUUUAAAUCACUAUGAGUUAUUCACAAAUUGCAACCACAUCAAAUCACUGGACUAUGCAAUGCACCUGACCGAGACCAUUGCAUUCAGUCACUGUUGUCUCAACCCUCUUAUCUAUGCCUUUGCUGGGGAAAAAUUCAGGAAAUACCUUUAUCAUGUGUGCUUGAAGUACUGUCCAUUCCUGUGUUUCUGUGGGCCCUGCAGUCGCUACCAGGUCACCCAUUCAAUUAGUUAUGGAGAAAGUGUGGUGAACAGCAACAUAACCAUGAACACCAGCGACCAGGAUGGCUCUGUCUUUGUCUAAAAGGYUCUGGGAUGGAGGAAUAUCCCUGUCUGCUGCCACUGAGGGGUUGGCAUUACUCUAUGAAGAGCCUUAAUGGCUGCACUGAGUUACUGACAUGCUUCUUGUUAAGCAUUAAAUAUUCUAAACCAGUAAAGACUAAAAAAAAAAAAAAAAAAAAGCAGUACAAUAUGUCAGUGUUGAACAUGGAAUGGAAUCAUGGGUAAGGAAGAGGGGAAGUAGAAACAAAAGGAGUGCUCUGUGCCUAGAAAAGGAAGAGGAAAAGAAUUUAAGGAUGGGCAAGCUUUUGAGCAGUUCCACCGCUGCAACUUGUGCAUGUGUCAGUUUAUGUGCAUGUGAUACUGAUGUACUUAGACCUAAACUCAUAUUUUCAGGGAAAUCUCUUCAAUGAAUGGUGACUGACCGUAAGAAAGGAAAAUAUUUUUGAUAAAGGGGUGUAGUUUUUGAUGCUGUAUAUCCAUAAGGAAGAGAUUUGGCAGUUACUGAUUGCAACAAAUGUUUUAACUGUGCUUUCAUACAUAA